AUGGAAGACAUAUCGUUCGCCGCAUUUGCAGCUGCAGAAGCGUCCACAUUCGCAGCAACCGCGGCCAGAGAAGCAGCAGCCGCUGCCACUGUAGCAGCCAACGCCGCCACAUUAGCUGAAGCCGCGGACGCGUCGAAAGCGGCCAAUAUAUCGGCCUCGAUAGCGGUAACCGCAGCCGCCACAGCAGCAGCUGCCGCCGAAGCGUUAGCGGAAAUCGUGGCUGAAGCAAUACUGAUUGAAGAAGAGCUGUUGUCCGAUCGCACAGCAGCUGCCGCAUAA